UGCAAAGAAGAAGAAGAAAAACAAGGAAAUGGUGGAGAGAAAGCCUGGCACUUAUUGCAUAUAACGACCGGCAACGACUAUAGGGAGGACAAGAGCAUUGAUGGGUUAAACACAAACAUAAACAUUACCCUCACUCCAGCCAAGGAGGAUGGAUUACGAGUUUAAAACCAAGCUGUCUGCUGAGCGGGAGAGAGUGGAGGAUCUGUUUGAAUAUGAAGGUUGCAAAGUGGGUCGAGGAACCUACGGGCAUGUUUACAAAGCUAAGAGGAAAGAUGGAAAGGAUGAAAAAGAAUAUGCACUAAAGCAAAUUGAAGGCACCGGAAUAUCUAUGUCAGCCUGUAGAGAAAUUGCUCUGUUGCGUGAGUUGAAGCACCCAAAUGUUAUAACAUUACAGAAAGUAUUCUUAUCUCACAGCGACAGAAAAGUUUGGCUACUCUUUGAUUAUGCAGAGCAUGACUUGUGGCAUAUCAUCAAGUUCCAUCGUGCCUCCAAAGCAAAUAAAAAACCCAUGCAGCUUCCAAGAUCGAUGGUCAAGUCCUUACUGUAUCAAAUACUAGAUGGAAUUCAUUACCUUCACGCAAACUGGGUGCUUCACCGAGACCUGGUAGGCAAAGAUAUUAUAAUGCCAAUCAUGCCUAAGUGUCCUGCUGUAUGUCAGCAACCUCAAGGAAAACUGGUAUUGAAGAACAAUCAAUGUUGUACUGAUGCAGGUUACCAGUUGUACAAUGUAAGAGUGAAACCAGCAAACAUCCUUGUUAUGGGGGAAGGUCCUGAGAGAGGAAGAGUCAAGAUAGCUGAUAUGGGUUUUGCCAGGCUCUUUAAUUCUCCACUAAAACCACUAGCGGAUUUGGAUCCAGUUGUGGUCACAUUUUGGUACAGAGCUCCAGAAUUGUUACUUGGUGCCCGACAUUAUACAAAGGCCAUAGAUAUUUGGGCAAUUGGUUGCAUUUUUGCUGAAUUGUUGACUUCUGAACCCAUUUUUCAUUGCCGACAAGAAGAUAUUAAAACAAGUAAUCCGUUCCAUCAUGAUCAGCUGGAUCGUAUAUUCAGUGUGAUGGGUUUCCCUGCAGAUAAAGAUUGGGAAGAUAUUAGAAAAAUGCCAGAAUAUCCGACACUACAGAAAGACUUCAGAAGAACAACGUACGCCAAUAGUAGUCUUAUGAAAUACAUGGAGAAACACAAAGUUAAACCAGAUAGCAAAGUUUUCCUUUUGCUUCAAAAGCUUCUUACAAUGGACCCAACAAAAAGGAUAACAUCAGAACAAGCAUUGCAGGAUCUCUACUUUCAAGAGGACCCCUUGCCUACAUCUGAUGUAUUUGCAGGGUGCCAGAUACCAUAUCCAAAACGAGAAUUCCUAGCUGAGGAUGAGCCAGAGGAAAAAGCAGACAAGAAUCAACAGGCACAAAAUCAGCACCAGCAACAAGCAACAACUCAGCAGCAGACAGUGGCUCAGCAGCAGCAAGUACAGCAGCAGAACAGCAGCCAGACUAAUGGUACAGGCGGAGCAGCUGGUGCAGCUCUCCAGCACAGCCAAGACACUGGUCUUAACCAAGGACCCCCCAAUAAGAAACCACGCUUGGGACCUUCAGCAACUAGCUCUGGUGGACCCUCUCUGAUGCCUUCAGAUUAUCAGCACUCCACUUCACGUCUGAGUUACCAAAGCAACAUUCAGGGAUCUUCUCAGCCACAGAAUACAAUGGGCUACUCAACAACAUCUCAGCAAAGCUCACAGUACCAUCAAUCUCACAGGUACUAGAAAGCUGAUCAACAAACUACAACGAAAUGCGUCAGAGGCUCAAGAUUUAUGAAGUUCAGAAAACAAACAAGUACAACUUUGAAUGGAAAGCGUACAUGACAAGUUUUCAAAACUGUUCUUGUCUGUAGUAACCUAUCAAGACUAUAGGGAACGUCCAUCUUAAACCUCUGUUACUUGUUGCAGUCACAUUGAUCAAAAUGUGUUAUCUAAAGCCAGCACUUAGCUUCCUUAAAUACUUUACAUAUUCAUUGUGCAGCUUUUUCAUGCAGUAGCAAUGACAAUGGUUUAUCUUGCUCGUACUGCUGCUCACUGGGACUUUAUAUUGUUUAAAGAAACCUGCAAGCUUUCUAACGGUGUAUAGUUUUGUAUUUAUAAAAACAGGACAGAGCAAAACAUAACUGCGCCUUUUAAGCACCGUGUUCUGUUCACAGAACAUUGCAGUUUUGAAUAUGGAUGUCAAAAACAGGAACCUUUACAGUUCCAAUUUUCUUAUAUUGCUUUUUUUUUUUAAUUAAGAAAAACAAAAAUAUAUAUAAAUAUAUACAUAUACAAAAUAUGUGUGCCUGCAUCAGGAAUUCUGAAAUAAUGCAGGAUCUUACUCAGGAGUGGCUGAAGUUGACUAUACUGUAGAAAACCUUCUUAUGAAACAUGACCAUUAACUCAUCAACUAUACCCAAACGCAGCUUUAUUGGCUAUGGAAUCAUAUUGCAACACAAUAUGCUUUUUUUCUGCAUUAACAGAAAAUAGCAUAUCUGCAAAACUUGGUUUAUAAUAAUGAAUGAUAUUGUACAUUGUAGCAGGUAUUCUUAAGAUAUUGUAUAAACUUUAAGAAGUCUUUUGUAGAUUUCAUUAUAGUAGUGAUCUUGCCACGUGUGAAGGCAUCAACUAUAUAAUAGUUAUACUUCCAAUAAAAAGGAACUCUUGCCUUCCAUAUGUACAGACGAUAAACAUAUAA